UCUCCAGCCGUAGUCUGUGGACAGGCCCCACUAGGUUCUCGUAUUGUGGAUGGAUUUUCGGUGACAUCAGCUGGUGAGUGGCCAUGGAUGGCGAGCUUGCAGAAGAAUGGCCUGCAUGUGUGUGGAGGGACACUGGUGUCCGAGACCUAUGUGCUGACAGACGCCAGAUGCUUCUCAGGCUCCAUCAAUUUGCUUGACUGGACAGUCAGGUUGGGUCGUCUAACACAGAAUGGAGCUAAUCCAUCUGAGAUGUUGUUUAAUGUAGUAAAUAUCCAUAUGAGCAGCCUGACAGGAAACAACAUUGCAGUGCUCAAGCUGUCACCCCCACCCACCAUAAACGACUACAUCCAGCCCAUCUGCUUGGGUAACAGAAGAACAUUCCCUGUAGGAUCAGAAUGUUGGGCUGUCGGGUGGAGCUCUGGAAGAGGAGGAGAGGAGCAAGCUCUGCAGCAGAUUCAGACGAUAGUGCAAGAUUGCGGCGAUGCAUCAACAGCUGAUAUCAUGUGCACACGAUUAUUUACUCAGGAGCAGGGUGACUAUGGUGGCCCACUCAUGUGCAAGGACAACGGUACAUGGUUCCAGACAGUGGUCCUUUCAUUUGUAAACACCAUCAGCCCAGCUGCGCCCAUGAUGACCUUUGAAAAAUUGGACCGUUUUCAGUCCUUCCUGGAAGACAUGUCUCUAGUCAAUAGCAGCAGCAUUUCUCUGUCUCCCGUCUUACUCCUAGGCCAUCUUCUUCUCUUUGCUUUAUGCAUCCAAGCCUUCACACAGGAAACCUUUAUGCUGUCUGGUUUACAAGAUGUGGAACAGGCAGAGAAAAACAAGUGAAGGGUUUUUAUUUUAGUCCUGAUUUCUCUCAGAUGACAUAGAGUUGAUCUCUGCCUUUGGUUAAUUAAUUCAGAUCUAAAGGAUCAGAAGCAUUUGGCAGAAAAUCAAUUCAAUCAGGAAACAUUUUCAUUCACAGAAGAAACUAAAAACAUGAAGUAAAAAUAAUUUCCUAGUCUAAAACUUACAAAGUUUUAUAUUUUAAAUAAAGGCAGUAUGCCAUCACUGCAUCGGAUCAAAGGUCAACCAAUAGGAAUCAACUCGUGAAGGAUGAAAGCUUUAAAUCAUAUCCAGACAUCUUGAAGUGUGACUCUUCUUUACCUAAUAUUUUUUUCAGAUUGUAAUCAUGUCCUAUGUUUCUUUUUUUCCUAAGAUAUAAUCACUUGAUAAAUUUUAUUAACCACA